AUGUUUUGUUGUUUAGGUAGAAAAAAAUGGGAUAAUGAGAUAGAAAAAGCUAAUAAAAAAAAGGAAAUGGUAGAAAGAUUCAUACUACAAAAUUGUAAAUCUAAUGAUUAGGUAAUAAUUAAAUUUGAUAUUGAGGAUUCAUUGGAUGAAACAAUUGAUAAAAGUAAUAUUAUUAUAAUUGAUUAUGAUAAUAAUAAGUAUGAAAAGAAACCAUGGUCAGGAAUUGAAUGGCAAAUGAUUAUACAAACCAAGAAUUUUAACUAAAUUGAAUUGUAAAUUUGACUCACUAAUUUGAGAGAUGAAUUAAAAAGAAAUAUAAGAUUUGGGAUUUUAUCUAAUUUAAGACCCGCUACCUGGUUUUGGAUGACGGAUAUAAAAAAUACUUAAAUGAAAAAACAUACUUCAAACAUAUAUUAAAAACUAAAAUCUUGCGAGUCUUAAUAUGAUUCGCAAAUAUUUAAGUGUAUCAAGCAAUUAGAUAAAAAAGUACAUUUAAUCUAACUUUAAGUACAAUGAUUUGAUUUUUGAUAUCUUAAGAGCUUAUGCUAACUACGAUGUAGAAGUUGGAUUUAUUAAAGGGAUUGAUCAAAUAGUUGAAUAUUUAGUAUAAUAAUUGAAUCCAUAACAAUAUAUUAAUAUUGAUUACUCUUUCAAUUAAUUCAAUAGAAUGUGUGAUUUUUAUGAAUAAAUGGUUUUUUGGAUGACUACUCACAUAUUAUUCCAUUUGAAUUACAGAAGAAUUUUAAAAUAAAAUGUGAGUUUUAUAGAAACAGAAAAGUUUCAAAACACUCUUAUGCCUUCAAUCAAACGCUUGGUUGAAUAAAUUAACAUUUAAAUAAGUAAAUUAAUAGAAGUGCCUUUGUUAUUUUACUUUCAAAAACAACUAAAAAAAGAAGAUUUUAAUAAAUUAUUUGAUGUCUUUCUUUUUGAAGGAGAAUGUAAUUCUAUUAUUUAAUUUAGCAAUAUUACUGUAAAUAUUAUUGAAAUUCUUAAAAAUAUCAGAAGAUUUGAUCUGUUAAUUUUAAACAGAAGAAGAUUUAUAAAUAUUCUUAAAUUAAACUUUAAUUCCAUAUGGGAUUUCAAAGAUAGAAAAGACGAAUUAAAAAUUAAUGAAUUUUCUAUUUUGA